AGAGGGAGAGGGAUAGACAAGGAGCGAGCGGGACAGGACACGUGUGGGAUCAAAACACAACCACUUUUCCCUAAAUUUUCACCUGUGUACGUGGUCUUAGAACCCUAAAACUUCCUGAAAUGCUGCGUGGAGCCCUGAACCGGGGGUGGGUGUCCUCGGGGUGCCUUAAGGGGCGCGUUAUGUCCCUAAAUACGCCUAUAAUAAGGAACCUUGCCCUGGUGUCCUGUUGCUCGCCUCCAUCCCUUGGCCGGCCCUCGUCUUCUUCCUCUUCCUCUUCCUCUUGUCUUCCCCGCCUCGCCACGUCCUCCAAGCUGUGUUCCUGUGGCUGUGGCAUUCACGGCAUCCACACUAGAGGUGACAGGGAGCUGGUUGAGUUUCUACAGGAGGAAAUUGUGGCAGAAAAGAAGACUCUGCAGGCUAAUCUACCGGCACAUCUUGGGGAUUUUACUGUGAAGGGGACCAGUGCUGAACUCACCCUCUCCCGCUCCUUCCAUGAUGAAAAAAUCACCAUCACUCUCAAUGUAAACCACACCGUCGACCAGGAGGACGACGGCACCGCAGAGCUAAACCAGGACCAGACUGAGGGUGUUCUGAAAAGCCGGCCAAGUUUCGAAGUCGAUGUCGUCAUUGGGUCCAAAACUUUAUCCUUUACCUGCUCUUUUGUGGGACCCGUUGACUUGCAAGGCGGACAGGAAGCUGCGGAAGAUGUGUUCGGCAUCAACGAACUGACCGUUUACGAGGGGGAGUGGUCCGAGGCAACCUACUGUGUGUCUGGCGAUAUCCUAGAUGGGAUGAUGUAUGACCUCUUAAUGAACAUGCUGGAGGAACGAGGCAUCACUAACGAGUUCGCAGAGCAGCUUAGCACAAUCUGCUCAGAAUACGAACACUCUCUCUAUGUCGGCCUUCUCCAGCGCUUGCAAGAUUUCGUCAAGCGCAAGUAGUGUGUGCCCGUGUGUAUCGUAACCUCUCACACACAUACGCGCGCACACACACUCGUACACGCAAUGAUCGCUGCUGUGCUUGUAUCACUGUGAUUUUCCAUUGUGUAAGGUGUGUGUGGUUAGGUAUUGUUGUGUAUAUAUAUUGGUGUGUGUGUGUGUGUGUGUGUGCGGGUGUGUGUGUGUGCGUACAUACAUCGAGAGGUCAUUAAUAGUCACUGUGUUGUUUUCUCAUUGUGUCUUGUUAGUGUUAUUCAUUUAUUGAUUUAUUGAUUUUUUUUUUUUUUUUUUUUUUUUUUUUUUUUUUUUUUUUUUUGCAACAGGUGUGGAAAAUUGUACAGGAAAAUGUGAUUCUAUAAUUGCCAUUUUUUUUAUAUUUUAUUAUUAUUAUCAUUAUUAUUUUUUUUUUUCAAUUCUUUCCUUCUUUUACAAACUUAGAAGCAAAAAUAGUGGUGACGUUUUGAAUUGUCUUUCAUCACAAGGUUACAAACAUAAAUAUUGAAAUCUUUAGUUAUUUUUAUUAUUACAAGCUUAGAAACAAAUACUGGUGAUUUUUUAAUUUUUUUUAUUGUUUCUUUACAAGCUUACAAAAAAAUAUUGGUGACGUUUUUCAUUCUCUUAUUAUUACAAGCUUAGAAACAAGUACUGGUGAAUCUUUUUUCUCUAUUCUUUCUUUACAAGCUAACAAAACACAAAUACUGCAGCCACUUUGUUGUUAUCUUACUAUUACAAGCGUACAGAACUUAAACAUUGAAGUCUUUUAAUUAUUUCACUUUAUUACAAGCAUAGAAACAAAAUACUGAUGAUUAUUUUCAUUUUAUCUUAUUUGUUUUUCAUUAUUUCUUUACACACUCACAAACAAAAAAAAUAGUGACGUUUUAUCAUAUUACAAGCUAGUGUUGGUGAGGAGCAAACUGUCUCAUUUCCUUCCAAUUAUCCAGCAAACUGUUUCAUUUCCUUCCAGUUAUCGACUGUACAGCGCCUGGACUUGGGCAUUUGUAUUUCAUAAUAAAGAACAUAAAAAAAAACAA